AUGCUCUCCAGCCUAAAUCUCAGGGUUGCUCCCAUUUUAAGAGUCCCAUGGUCCCCCAGUUUCAUACCUCUUAAGUGGCCUUGUAUUGACAGCCAUACCCCGCCUUUCUAAUUUCAACUGACACAUGUCAACUCUGAAAAUGAAAUCUUUCAACAUUUGCCUUGCCAUUGCUGUCAUCCGUUCGACAAUCGUUGCAGCAAUUGGUGACACUAUUCCCUGCAUCUGCAACUCAGGUCUCCUAAAGGGCAACGGAGGCGAUUGCAACCAGUGGUGCGGUGACGCCUGUUUGAAGUACCUACGGGAAGAACUCUUGAUCAUGGACCUAGCCCACUGCUUGGACUCGACUAUAAAGCUCGAGGUGUCUGCAAUUGCAGCUGCAAAAGCGUUCGCCAAGUUUCACAGGAGCCUUGAGGUGACCAGGCCAGGACGAAAGCGAAUUGAUGGGAAUGUAACAUUCGGCGCGGAAGACCUUGGCUGGAGUUCUAUCCCAGUUGAGUAUUCUUCUCCGCAUUUCAACGCCGUCACGUCCAUGACCACGCGCUAA